AACCGCUUUUUGAACUCCUAUCCGUCAGGGCAGCACCAGCAAGUUUGAUUCGAUUACUUAUUAUGAUCGCUUUGUCAAUAUGUUGUCCAACUUGUUUGACGUUUCUGCUGACGAUAUUUAUGUCUUCAGUAUUCAAAUGUCGAAACAAAUCAGGAAGCCAGGAAGAUCUUAUCCUGCCAUAGAUGUUCAUUUUGCUAUCAGGAAGAAAUCUUCAGUUAAAAGUCUAUUUUUACCUCGAUAUAUUUUGAUUAAUACUUUGGAGAAGAAUAAUAAAACACUAAAAGAGAUUGGUUUCAAACUUGGUAUGAUUGGUCUUGAUUACUGUGUUGAAGAGACAAAGAAGUCUGGUAUGUGUCGUAAUACGGUGCGUCUUGUUGGUGACGAGUAUUCUGUCGUGAGCAGCGAUUAUGGUUUGAUACCAGUCCCUGACUAUGCGGUCGCAAUCACAUCAAUCCCAGUCAAAGCCGACGCAGAAUAUGAUCGUUAUCAUCAAGAUCCUGAUCCGGAGUAUGAUACGUGUGUGAAUGAAGUCAGUUGUCUUAAUGGAGGAACUUGUCACGAUGUUUUACCACGAGGUUUUGUAUGUGAAUGCCCCGGAAAGUACAGUGGUCCUAGGUGUCAACUUACUACACGCACAUUCCAGGGUAACUCUUACAUCUGGUUGCCUCCCAAGACCCCGCAUAAUUUUGGGAGUGUCUCAUUGGAGUUUGCGACUGGUGCAGCCAAUGGUCUGUUACUCUAUCAGGGCCCGGCAGUCAAAGAUGGCAACAAUGGUCGUGGAGAUUUCCUGGCUAUUAGUUUGAAAAAUGGACGGAUUCAAGUGGGUUUGACGUUCGGAGGAGAACCUCAGGUAUUUUACAUGGAUAAAGGACCAACACUGAAUGAUAGAAAGUGGCAUCAUGUUGAAGUUUCACAUCAAAGAAAGGAAGUGAAAAUGAUAAUUGAUCGUUGCCAACUCGCAAGCAUCGUUAAAGUUGACGAAAAACUUGUUGAGAUGAGAGAAAAUUGUGAAAUGGUGAUGAAAACCACACAAAACUUUGAGUUUUUGAAUGGUCUUGGUCCAAUGCAGAUUGGUGGCGUUGAAAGCAUGCCUUUGGACUAUCCUUCUUCAAAGUUCGUCGAGUAUAAAUAUUUUGAUGGUUGUAUUCGUAAGAUCAAGGAGAACCUAGAGAUGUACGACUUAUCAUAUCCUCUCAAAGUCGUCAAUGCUCCUGCGGGAUGUACUAUCAUGGCUGAAUGCCCCACUUGUUUGAAUGGUGGUUAUUGUUACCCAGGAUUUGCUCACAGUGUUUGUAGCUGUCCUGCGGGCUACAUUGGUGACGACUGUAGCGGAAAUUCACCAGGACACACCUACCUUGCAAACAGUUUUACGGAGUACACACUACCUGGGGAAGAACGUCGUAAGAAGCGUGGGGCGGCCCAGGAACCUUCAGAUCUUCUAGAUCGUUUUAGUAAUCACAUUACUAUGCAAAUACGAGUUGAUCCUGGUGUUACUGAAGCUAUAUUUUUCUAUGCUGUCAGCGAGGAUGGGCUGGAAUACAGUAAAUUGGGGUACUCGAAGAAGAAGCUGUAUUAUGAGUUGAAAUUAUCAGAUGGCCAGGUUUACGUGGAAAUGUCUUCAAAGAUUCAUAUCGCCGACGGUUACUGGCAUAAUGUCAUGCUUUUGCGAGAUGGGAACUUCGUUGAACUUCAAGUUGAUUAUGAAGGACGAGUUAGCAGGAACACAGGUGGAAUUAAGACGUUAAUUGGCAUGGGCAAAACGAAAAUUGUAGUUGGUGGAUUGCCAGACAUUGCUCCUAAUGUUACCAUCGUGAAUAAACUUGUCAAGGCAAACGUUUAUGAUGUCCGUUAUCGACAUCGUCGCUCAGCUGGUACAAUACUUGGUGUAACAACUGAUGGACGAGCUGUCAAAAGCGUUGCUGGAGAUAUGCAAGGCUGUAUAGCUAGUAUCACUUACAAUGGCAAGAACUUAGACACAGAUCCAAACGUAAAGAAAGCAAGAAUGAAUGUGGAGAUAGGAUGUCCAUGUCGUGCUGUAUUACAAUGUAGAAAUGGAGGUGUUUGUGUUGAUGCUGCUGUACCAUUCUGUCAGUGUACCCAUGGUUGGUCAGGUUCAACAUGUCAAAACGUUCGAUCGCAAAGUACGCCACCAUCGCCACCCUCAAGAACGACAGAGGAAAGUGAAGAUGAAAGUUCAUCAACGACUAAUGUUAUGAACACAUUCAACCUCUUCGUUUCCAUUUCUUUCUCUCUAUUUUUUGCGUUUACGUUGUCCUAGUGAGAAGUAAAACAUUACAAGCUGGGUGAAGUAUCUGUCUAAAUUUAUAAUCACGAAAAAGUAUAAUUAUAAUGGUACCAUAAUCAAAGUAAUAUUAGUAAAUCGAGACGAAAGUGGAUUUAAAACCUGUAAGUUGUGGUUAAAAUCAUGUACUUAAUUAAGGCUAAUAAUUGGUGUAA